AUGGGCCGUAGAGCAAAAGAUGAGAUCUCGCUCCACAUCCAAUGUCAGCUCAACACGAUCAACUCGUGGGAGUCCAACCAAAAACUGUCCCCUUAUCCUCCACCACCCCGACGCACACAACGCCCCAUAACGAGACUAGAAGUGCGGCAAGCAAUCAUGAGGCUGAAAAACAACAAAGCGGUUGGAUCUGAUGGAAUCCCUGCAGAGGCCCUGAAAGCUGAUCUCGAUCAGGCUUCUAAGCUGCUGGAAUAUGAAUAUGGCAGAAUUUGGGAGGGAUUCCCAAUGCCACAUGAAUGGUUGCACACUGAGAUACUGCCUAUCUAUAAACGAAAAGGGUCUAAGUGCGACCCUGCGAACUAUCGACCGAUCUCUGUGUUGAAUACGGCAAUAAAAAUAAUGGGUAGCAUUGUGGCGGACAGGGUGAAUGCAGUGACGGCGAACAGAAUCUCGGAUAGCCAAAGUGGCUUCCGAAGGGGUAGAUCCACCAUACACAACGUUCUGUACAUUCAGACCUAUCUGAGAGAGAGCUACAACCGACGCAAGGAGGUGGUAGUAAUCCUCAUAGACCUGAAGGCAGCGUUUGAUUCGGUCCCCAGGCAAUUGGUCUGGGAAGCGCUUAAAUACUACAAUGUGGGAGAAAAGCUUAUCGACGUGAUAAGGAGCAUGCAUCACGAUACGACAGCGGUAGUGAAAGGCACAGAACGAACUUUUAAAUAUUGCGGAGGAGUUAAACAGGGGUGCUCCCUGGCACCCACAUUGUUCAAAGUGUUUAUGUCAUUUGUCAUGACAGCGUGGCACCCGGCCGAAAACCUCGAAGUCAAACAUCUGGAAUACGCCGAUGAUAUAGCGUUGGUAGUGGGGCGACAUGUUGCACAGACAGUGUAUGAUGAGAUCACCUCGCAUCUUGAAAGCAACGGGCUAAAGGUAAACCACUCGAAAACUGUACUGAUUUCCAACCAGUGUGAGGAUGUGCUUGAGACAGAAAAGGGAGCAAUCCCAAGUCAGCGCGAAGGCAAGUAUCUGGGUUUUAUGCUGCAAGCCAAUGGAGGCACAGAAACGGAAAUAGCAGCGAGGAAGAUGGCAGCCCGACUCAAGAUGACCAAAAUGAGCAGAAUAUGGACCAGUGCGCUGAGACCCGAACUCAAAAUAAUGACAAUGGCAACAUAUGUGUUGCCUGUGCUAUUAUAUGGGUGCGAAGCCUGGAUCCUCAAGAAGACGGCUGCCAUUAACUCCUCAACCAGAAUACUGGUCAGGCGCAGCCUCAACUGGCACUGGGAGGAAAAACGUACAAAUCGGGAGCUCGUGGUGGCGACCCCGAAAGCUCUACGAACGCUAUUGUGUAUCGAUACGGUCAUCCUACAGCGGCAAAUCAGGUUCGCACACGACAUGGCCCAUGCACAGGAAAGUAGCGCGCUCUUCAAAUGGAUUCUGAACCCGAAGCUGCCAGGGAGGAAAAAA